UUGUUGAUAAUAUUGCAAAUAAGCCAUACAUUUUUUUUAAGUUAACGCUAGGCUACCCUUGUGUUUGUUGUGUGUUGAUGUUGGCGCGAUUUUUUAGCCAAACAGGAUUGGCCACACUCGGCGGUUUUUGAUUGGAUAUACUGUCACUAGGCUAGGCGUAGACAGCACUAGCCUAGCCUAGGUCUAACCAUUUACGAUUUCACUAGACUAGUUUCUCCUUUAAUUAGUCUGUUUAGUGGAGAGGAUAGAUCUAAGAUUGUCCUGGACUGAAGUAUGACAAAUAAAACAUUUCAACCUGGCGAGAAAAUAUUUGCAAAGAUGAAGGGUUGGCCUUAUUGGCCUGCAAGAAUCGAUGAAAUACAGGAAGGAGGAGUAAAGCCAACAGGGGGGAAGCUUCCUGUGUUUUUCUAUGGUACACAUGAAACGGCAUUUAUGCUUCCAAAAGAUCUUUUUGCAUAUGAAAAAUUCAAGGAAAAAUAUGGAAAACCAAACAAGCGCUAUCAAUCCUUUAACAUGGGAUUGUGGGAGAUAGAAAAUAAACCAAAAGUUAAAUUCCAUGGUGAGGAUGAUGAGGAUGAUGAUGAAGUUGAGGAGCAGCAAGUGGAAGAGGAUAGUGAUGACUCUGAGCCUAUCAUUAAUAAAACUAAAAAGGAAACGAAGAAGACAGCAACUAAACGCAGGGCAUCACAAGCUGAUAGUGGCAAGGGAAAGAAACGUGCACGAAAAGGCUCGCAAGCUAGCAGCAAAGGAAGCGUCGUAGAGGAAGUACAGGCUGACAAUAGUGAUGCUGAAGAGGACUUCGACGCCGGUACCACUCCAGAUGCCGAGUCCUCAAACGAUGAGGAUUUUGUACCAGUAAAGAAACAGACAUCAGCGAGGAAGACAACAAGAGGAAAGAGAAAAUCGAAACCUGAUACUGAAAGUGAAGAAGAUGAGGAGGAUGAAGAGAAUGCCAAGAUAAGUUCAAGUGAAGAAGAUGAUGACAACGGUAGUGAAGUUGAAGUUCCUAAAAAAACAAAACAGAAAAUAAAGAAAAAAUCUCCACAAACAAAGGCAAAGAAAAAGCCAGCACCUAAGACGAAGCGAAACAGUACUAGUAAAGUAGCUAAACCCAGAGCUGUUGCUAAGCCGGUACGGAGAGGGUCUAGUGACAGUAUGAGCAGCAUUUCAUCCAUAUCCAGUGAUUCCAGUGAUAACGAAGAAAAAGUUUCUUCAUGGAAGAAAAAGGAUGAAGAGAGAAAGAGGAAACUGGAAGAAGAAAGGCUUAAAAAAGAAAAAGAAGAAGAAAUCAGAAUAAGGAAUAGGGAAAAAGAGGAGGAGGAGAAACAAAAACUUGAAAAGAAGAAGAGGAAAAAAAGUGGGGGAGAUAGUGAUGAUGGGUUAGUUGAUAAAGAAGAAAAGCCAACAGUAACGAAAAAACAAAACAGAACUAAGAAAGGGAAAUUUACUAAGGUAAAAAAUGAGAAGGCUAAAAGCAAAGCUACAAAAAAAGUUAUUCAAGAAUCUGAAAGUGAAGAAGAUAAACAAGAAAGCGAAGAUGAAAAGUCAGAUAAUGAAGCUGAAGAAUCUGAGGAUGAUGUUGAAGAUUCAAAACCUGAUAAGAUAAAAGAAGAAUCAGAAGACGAUACUAAAGAAAAAACAGGCAACACACAGGAUGAAGAACAAAUUGAGAAAAAUAAAGAACUUGACAAAAGCAAAAAGAAGGAGGAAAAAGAAAAGAAGCGAUUAGAAAAAGAAAAACGGAAACAGGAAGAAAAAGAAAGGAAGAAGGGUGAGAAAUUAAAGAAAAAGCAGGAAGAGAAGAGAAAAGAACUGGAGAGGAGGAAAAAAGAGGAAGAAACGAGGAAAGCUGAGGAGAAAAGGAAACAAUUAGAAAAACAAAAAGCCACUGAAGAACAAGCAAAGGCAAAGCAAGAAUUGGAAAAUAAAAAGAAGGCAGAGGCAUUGAAUUCAAAGAAUGCUGAGAUAACUAAAGAUCAACAAUCAAGCGACCAAAAAAAGAAAAAAGCCCCCACCAGUGUUGAAUUGACCAUCCGUAAGCUCCAUGUUGAAUUGAAACAGUCACUUAGACUUGAAAGUCCGGAUCCUGCUAAGAGCCUCAGCAUAAUGACCAAGGUGGACUCCUUUGUUCUGACGCCAGCUAUAGUAAAAAAGAAUAUAGAUUUUGUACAGACAUUAAAAAAGGUAAGAAAAUUCAAAGGCAAUGACCGUGUACGUCAGAAAGCUGAAUACCUUUACAACAAAUUCAAGUCUGUGUUCCUGUUACAAGAAGGAGAUGUUACAAACUUAGAAUCAACCAUGCCAACUCUUCCCACAUUACCAUUGGUCGAAUCCCUCAAAGCAACAAGUUAUUCAAACUCUACAGCUUCAUCACCUGAUGUCACAGAUGGCAAAAAGGUUGUUCAAGAAGUUCCAGCAGUACCUGAAAAAGUUGAAAACAAGAAAGAAAUUGUGAAGGAAGAAAUAGUGAAAAAAGAGGAGGUUAAAAUUAUACAAGUAGAGAAAAAUUUGGAGAAGGAAAAUGAAGUUAAGGAAGCAAUUGAAACAGAAAAUGCUGAUAAAAAAACAGCUAGCCCAGAAGAACAACAAAAUCAUAAUGACACUGAAGAAGAUGUAAUUUAUUAUGAACCAGUUGACCAUCGUGUGCCCCUAGAUGAACGACUUGCUAUUUUAAUGGGGGAGAAGGGUUUUGGCAGGUCUGAGGGGGAGGACUCUGAACAAAGUACCCCAACAAAACAUUCGCUGCCAAAGGCCGCCAAAGAAACCAAAAAACCCUCAAAGGAAGACGUUGAGAGGUCGACAGAAGCGGAAACUUCGAACGAUGAGGAGAAAGCAUCAAGAUUGAAGGAAGAUUCAGAGUCAGAUGUACAGGAACCAAUGGGUUGGCAGAGUGCUUUUGAUGCAACAACUGUCCAAUGGAAAAAUGUCCUACAAGAGUUUGAAUUAGAAAGGGAGGAACGGAAGAAGAGUGAACAGCAAAAAAGUGUUCCAGUCAAGAAACCUUCACAUCCACCUAGUCUUUUGAAUUUACCAAUGCCACCCCCUCCACCAGGAGGUUCCAAUACAGAUUUUACAGAGACGGAGGAUAGCCAAGAAACCAGUGAUAUGGAGUUGGAUUCCGAUAAAGAUAAUUCUGACAUGGACAUCUCGGAUUGAGUACCAACUAAAAGCACCUCAAUGACGCACGCAAAGUAUCGGUGGCUGUAGUGUAAGAAACACGCAGUCUGAACACAUUCUGUAACAACUCAGUUUUGUUUUGACAUUUUACCUUGAAUGGUUAACCUCAAACUUGUCGACAUUGCAAAUAUUUUUUAUGUAUUCUUGAAAUGACAGGAACUUCUGAAAACUGCCUGUUGUAUAAAAAAAAAAUCCAGGUAUACACUAUGUAGACUGAUGGUCGGUCCACUGCCAGUUGCAUAAAACUAGGCACACACUGCAUCACACGACACAAUUUAAUGCAGACAGCGGCGAGACACAGACUGCCACUGACAAUCAGCAGGCAGUGUCCCGUCAAAAGCUCGCAGUGUAGAGAUGGGUUCGUCAGCCAACGCAGUGUGCACCCGGCUUAAGUGAGAGACAUUACUUGUUCAGAACAGAUAUCUAUCAGUCUUUGUCAGUGUCAACAAGAGUUAUAACUGCAAAUUUAUUGCAAAUUUUAAAUGUCCGUGAGAACAUGAACUUAAGUUUAUCAAACAUUUUGCAUUGAAGUAUUCUAGUUCUAUGUGAACAGGACUUAUCAAAUGAAAUCAUCUGGGCCAUGUGAACAUGGCAUGUUCAUGGAAUUGAGUCAGUUACACUCAUAUGUGAAAUCUUUAAUAUCAACUGCUUUGCAACUGGAUUGGUUGAUCCAUGUAAACAGAAAUUUAUAUCAAAUUGGAUAUACAAAUCUGAUUGUGUGAACAGAGAUUUUUACAUAAACUGAAAAUACAAGCAUUUGUGUUGGAUUAUACAGUUAAAAGGCUGUUUAAUAUGGUUUUGUAUAAAUUGUAAAUAGAUUUUAUGUUUUCUUCAGGCAGUUGGAAAAUAAUAUUCCAUAAUCUUGUAUGAUUUUACAAUAGUUGAUCCAAAAUUUGGCAAUUUAUUAUUUCAAGGAAAGGCUAUCAAUUCUGAAUUUUUAACUUUCAAUUAUUACAUUGAAAAUUAUUUGAAUAAACAUCACACUUAUGGUGUAACAUAUA